AUGAAGUGCAGCAUUGGUGUUAGCAGUACAAACCAAAUUCCUUCCAGCAGUGAUGGCUUUUACGGUUCUGGACAGUUUGAUUGUGGAAAUAUAGUGGAUGGAAUUGACAGUGGAAAUAAACCUGUUGAUAUGAAAAGGCAGUUUCCUUUAAAACUAGAAGAAAAUAGUGAAGUAAAAAAAAUGAAAAUGGCUGCCCUAAGAAUCUUAAAAGAUGAACCUGUGCCUGAAGGAUAUUCUAGAUGUCGCUUUAAUGAAGAUUGUGGGUAUACACACUGUGGUUAUCGUGAACACCAAACUCAUUUUCACUGUAUGAGGAAAGAUUGUGGUUAUAGCUUUUGUGACAAAACAAGGUUUGUUCAACAUACUGCUCGACAUGAACGACUUGACACAUUGAUGGGUGGGGAUUUUCAACAGUAUCGUGCUAAUGUGAAUUGUGGCAGACCUGAGUGUAUGCAUGCUAAUACUUUAGGUGCUAUGGCAAACAAAUCAUCUCAUUUUCAUUGCCUAAAGUGUGACUUUGUGUGUACAGAUACAAAUAAAGUAGUUGCGCAUCGGAGAAAGCAUGCGAAAAUGGACAGUAUUAAUGCAGCAGGAUUUGAAAAGUACACUCCAUCACAAAGCUGUAAUAUAAGUAAUUGUAAUCAUAAUCAAAAACAGACUCAUUAUCAUUGUGUUAAAUGUCAGCAUGCAGUUUUAGGCCUUUCUCAAAUGUCUUCCCACUAAUAUCGCCAUAUGGAUUGGAAAAUGGUGCUCUUAUACACAAUAACUUUUGAAAACAUUGGUAUAUGUUGGCAUUAA